AUGUCCGGGCCGACUCUGACGGACCGGAUCGCCGCCGCGCAGCACAGCAUGAGCGGCUCGGCCAUCAGCAAAGCCGUGUGCAAGGCCACGACGCACGAAGUGAGCGGACCCAAGAAGAAGCACCUUGACUACUUGAUCCACUGCACCAACGAGCUGAACGUCAGCAUUCCUCAUCUGGCGGACACGCUACUGGAGCGCACGGCCAGCAACAGCUGGAUCGUGGUCUUCAAGGCGCUCAUCGCUACGCAUCACCUCAUGAUGUACGGCAACGAGAGACUGAUGCAGUACGUCGCCUCCAGAAACACGCUCUUCAACCUCAACAACUUUCUAGAUAAGGCUGCGCUACAAGGAUACAACAUGUCCACUUUCAUCAGACGCUACAGUCGAUACCUGAAUGAAAAAGCCAUGUCGUUCAGGUUAGCAGCGGUGGACUUCACCAAGAUGAAGCGAGGGGCUGACGGCGUGAUGCGUACCAUGAACACAGACAAGCUGAUUAAGACGUUGCCAAUCAUUCAGAACCAGCUGGAUGCACUGCUGGAUUUCCAGCCCAACUCCAACGAACUGAGCAACGGUGUCAUCAAUACGGCCUUCAUGCUGCUCUUCAAAGAUUCCAUCCGGUUGUUCGCUGCGUACAAUGAGGGCGUCAUCAACAUGCUUGAGAAGUACUUCGACAUGAAGAAGAACCAGUGCAAAGAGGCUUUAGAGCUCUACAAGACCUUCCUCAACAGGAUGACCAAACUGUCCGAGUUUCUCAAAGUAGCCGAGCGAGUUGGGAUAGAUCAGGGCGACAGCCCCGAUCUCACACAGGCUCCCAGCUCACUUCUUGAGGCUCUGGAGCAACAUUUAGCCUCCCUGGAGGGCCGGAAGCUCAAAGACCUCUCCACUGCCAGCAGGUCCAGCACUCUUUCAAGCACCGUGUCAUCCCUCUCCAGUACUGGAAUUUCCCUUAGCCGAAUGGAUGAUAAAAUGGAGGACAACAGACUGCAGCAACACAAGGAUGAUGGUCACAAGGUGAUUAAUAUCCAGACGCCCAACGUAUCGCCCAGCGCUCAGUCGGUGGGCAGUGCCAACAGCAGUGGGGGAGCAACAGACCUGUUCUCCAGCACACCCCUAGUAGCCGUCAACAACCAUGUGCCAAACUUGACCAAUGAGCUGUUCACCCUACAGCCCCACUACACACCCCUUCAGACCACACACACUGUGCCCAACAACAACGCCUGGGGAGGUGACUUGCUCAAGCCGGCCCCGCCCACUCAGAUCCACAGCCCCGGAGCUCCGCUGCAUUCUGGGAAGAUGAUCCCCACAGAUUUGGACUCUUCAUUAGCCAACCUUGUCGGGAACCUGCAGUUUGGCGGGACGCCAGCCAAAAGGCCUGAGCUGCAGUGGAGUCAGCUGGUGGAGAAGAAGCCGACAGGGGGGAGCGGCUGGCAGACCAAAACAGUGUGCACUAGCACGAACUGGACUCACUCAGCCCAUCCCAUUGCCCCAGCUCCCAUGCCUGUCCCUCAAAUGAAUGGGGUGAUCUACACUGGCUAUGCUCCAGCUCCAGUAGCUUUUCCUAUGACGACCCCCCAAGUGCCUGUCUAUGGAAUGCUCCCCCCUCAGAUGAGCCAUCAGAUGGGGGGUGUUCCCAUGAUGCCCCCGCAGCCUGUUAUGUACAACCAGCCGGUCCUGAGACCUACCAGUCCGUUUGGACCGAUCCCGGGGACGCAGGGGCUUGUUUCUCAGUCGUUCGCCGACUGA